AGGCGGGCGAGACCGUCCUCCUCUCCUCUCUUUGUAUGCAGCGUGGCUGCUGGGUCCUGCGCGCGGGGUGGCUCCCAGCUCCCUCCUCCCCAGGCUCCCGCCCCCUGCCGCCGCCCCAGACCCAAGCCCAGCCCGCCCCGACUGGCUCUCUUCCCCCACUCACUGCCUCCACCCCCCGGGCGGUGUGAGAGCUGCGUUCGCGUCCGGGCCGGCAAGAUGGCGGCAUCGUCGGGGUCCAGCGGCGCCGAGCUGCCCGGGACUCUGGUGGAGUCGGAGGGCGCGGCGGCGGCGGGGACGCCUCGCGCUCUGGCCCCCGAGGAGAUCGCCCGCAGGCUGCGCGGAACCAGGCGGGAGCUGAGCAACAGGCGCAAGAUCCUGCUGAGGAACCUGCCCGCCGAGAGCAGCAGCCAGGAAAUCCAUAAUUUAUUAAAAGACUUUGAAUUGAAGUACUGUUAUGUGGACAAAAAUAAAAGAACAGCUUUUGUUACUUUACUGAAUGGAGAGCAGGCUCAGAAUGCAAUACGGUUGUUUCACCAAUACUCCCUUCGAGGGAAAGAAAUCUCAGUGCAGCUUCAGCCAACCGAUGCCCUGCUCUGCAUUACCAACUUACCACGCUCCUAUACAUUGCAAGAGUUUGAAGAGUUGGUGCGGCCCUAUGGCAAUGUUGAAAGACACUUUUUGAUUUAUAGUGAAAUCACUGGGUAUUCGAAGGGCUAUGGUUUUGUGGAAUACAUGAAAAAGGAUUCUGCAGCUAAAGCUAGGUUGGACCUUCUAGGGAAACAAGUAGGUGGGAAUGCCCUUUUUGCUCAGUGGAUGGAUGUCAAUCAGUUAACUCCAGAACUCAUACAUUCAAAGUGCCUUUGUGUGGAAAACCUCCCUACAGACUACACAGAUGCAGAGGAUCUGAUGCAGACUUUUUCGUCGAAAUAUAACCCUGUGUUUUAUCAGCUUGCUCAGGAUGAAGAUAGCUCGGUUGAUGGCUUUGCAGUCGUUGAGUAUGAGACAGCAGAGCAGGCAGAGGAAGUCCAGCAAGGCACAGAUGGCUUGACUUUCAGAGAGAAGAGAGUGCAUGUAUCUUAUUGUGCUCCGGGAGCUCCAGGUCGUGGAACUCUUGCUACACUUAUAGCAGCACAACGCAUGAUGAGGAACAACAGAAAAGGUUUGCUUCCUGAACCAAAUGCAGUGCAGAUUAUGAAAAGCCUAAAUACCCCAGCGAUGUUACAAAUGUUGUUGCAACCCCAGUUACAUGGGUGUUCUAAUAAACUUGCAGUCCUUGGAGCUCCCAUGAGUGUGCCCCACCUUGUAAACCCAUCAAUCAACCCAGCCUUUUUGCAUUUCAACAAUGUUCAUCAGGGACCAGUUCUUGGAAAUGCAUCUAGUUUGCUGCUACAGAACCUUUCCAAUUUACAGCUGGCACAACUAGCGAAGCUUGAGAAUAUUCAGACAAAUAGUAAACCAGGCUUGCUUGGAGAGCCUCCAGGUGUGCUGCUUCAGACAAUGUUAGGAAUGGGUGCUGUGCCAUCAGUGACCACAGACAUGGGGAGUCACGGAGAAGCACGCAAUUUAUCUAAUCGGACUGCAGCUCAAACGCCGGUUGCAACAGGGAUUGGCAUGCUGCCAUUCUUUCCAAAUCAGCAUGUAUCUGGACAAGCAGUGCCAAGGCAAAACAACACGCAGGACAAGCUGUCAACCGCAGUAGGACUGACAGAAGGCACUGGCUCAGGGUCCCAGGGUUACCUGCAAAGCUUACCAAAUGUCGCUGCUGGAGGCCUACGGGCAGGACAUCUCAAGCAACAAGGCCAGGCAAAGAGCCCAGAUUUAAGCUUGGGGAGUUCUUCAAAAACCCAGACCUCUCUGCUUGGAGAACCUCCCAAGGAGAUCCAUCUGAGUACCAAUCCCUACUUGAACUUGGCAAGUGUGCUGCCUUCAGUCUGUCUUUCAGCAGCAAUUGCCAGCAAAGCCAGUAAUACUAAGCAGCAGGCUGGACUUUCAAAUAACUCACUCAGUGCUGCAGCUGCUCAGGGAACCACAGCGCAACAACCGGUGGAAAGCUAUUUUAACUAUUCACCGCAGUAUGAGGAUUACACACAGGAUUCAGUCCAGCAGUGGUAUCAACAAUAUGCCCAGGCAUACCAUACCAUCCAAACUAGAGUAGGGGAAUUAGAAAAUGGUGGCUCAGAGGAACCUGAUAGUGGAGUGUAUGGGGACUUCAGUAGCUACUUGCAAGUCAUGCCAUCGUAUUACGCUGCCACGCAGGGGUCCUUCCAUCCAGGCAUUUUGCCCCUGGCGCCUCAAAACCCACUGAAGAUGGCACCAAUAAGAAAUGAAAAGCGGGGCUCUUCGUACCUCAUCACCACUCCAGAAGAUGGCCCAGUGGAAUACGUUGGUCAGCAAACUCAGGGCUCGGGAGUACAUUAUGCAGAAUUGUAUCUUAAAAGAAAACGUGUUUAUUAAGAUCAGCAUCUUGCUUGGAGUCAAAGCCACAUUCAUGUCAUCCUUACCUUUCACUUUUAAUAUGUAUUGUAGAUAUUGGAGAACCAAUCUAUGUAGUUUCUCUGAGUAAAUUUGUGUGUGGGGAGCUACUAAUGGCAGAUACCCUCCAGACUAGUUUCUAUGCAUUGAGUGACAAUUAAGUUAUUUCUUAAGCUCUUAAAGAAAUGGCAGCUUUGCCCCCUUGAGAAUGUUUCUCGAAGCAAUAAAAUAAGAGUGAGAGGAAAUGUUCUUGCUGGGAAAGUUGCAGUGGUAGUCUUAAAGAAACAAUUGUGCUGGGUUUUUCCUCCUUCAAAGAUUUAGAAUCCUGGCUGCAAAGUUAAGUUCAUGUUUGAUCCUGAUAGCAAUAUUCCUUUAUUGGCUUUAAUGGGGCUUGCAUAUUGGAUUACAGCCCAGACAAUGGUUAGGUUGAGUAUAAUCAUUGCAGUACAGUCUAGUCAAAGUAGGCAGAUCUUUUCUGGAUUAAAAAAAUAAUAAAAUAGCAGUUGUAGCUGCUAAAGUGGAAGUACGCUAGGAAGAUAUCAACACACUUCAUUAAAAUAAAUGGUUGCUGGCAAUACCACGUGUGCAUGACAAAAUUUCCAUGAAGAGAAUUGAUACUAGCUGUGCAUUUAUAGUCUUAGGCUUCUAGGUCUAUUUCUUGUUAAUUGGUUUCUUUGGGGAAAAAUAAUGUGAAUUUCCAUUUAGUAUCCAGUGGAACUGAAUGCAUUGCUAUCUUACUGACUUGCAUUUAGUUUAAGGAUCUAUCUGCUCCACACCCUAUGUCUAUACUACAGUACUCUUGAUUAAUCACUGCCACCUUGGAAAUUCUUCAGUAUCUUUUCUUGCACUUUAUAUCCAUGGCAAUUAUUUGUGUUCACUGGAACCGGGUGGAAUGUGGUGUAUUCAUGCUUUUUGCUGGCUUUUAAUUUAUUUCUAACUAAGAUUCACAGAAAGCUACUUUCCUGUUGUUUGGAACAUGUUUGAAAUAACCAAUACAGCUGCCAUUUUCCAUAGUGACCCCAAUUUGUAGGUUUUUGUUUCUGAAGUAAGAUUUAAAAUGCAUGAGGCCCAGCAUUAGCAAUGGUAAAAUCUGCAGCGGGAGGUUAUGAAGAAAUGUACAUCAAUGAAGGCAGCAUAGCUUGUCUCCAGUGAAGAGAGAUCAAGGUAAGCCUGAUUGAAAUCCAGUCAGAUUUAAAGUUAGGUGCAGUUUACAAGUUUCUUGAUUAGGAGGCUGUUAUAUAAAACUAAUAUACAUUAUUCAGAAGUAACAGAACGUCAUAGCGAGAUUUUUCUUCUCUGUGUUUAGUAUUAUUCACAUUGAAUGUAUCUUUUCUGAGCAAUCAAUUUCUCUGUAAAUAAAUUGGCAAGCUACACUGAAGUAUAAA